GCCAUCGGGGCAACCAUGGGGCUGAGUCACGUCUGCCCACAGCCGCGGCGGUUUGCAGCCCUGGGCACCGAGGCCUGAAACUCGAGCCUGGCAAGGACCAGCCCUGCCCGCUUGGAGGAAAUGGCUGGGCAGCUUCGGCAACAGCAGAUGAAAACUUCCUUCCUCUUCAUCCAGCUGCGGGCUCCCUCUGGCCCGGCUCUCCCCGCCCAGUCUCCAGCCACUGCAGCCUGCACAGCAGCAGCAGCCCCAGGGGGCCUGGAGGAGGGACACAUUCUCCCAAGUCCCAGGGCCAGCUUCUUGGCAGGCUGGGACCUCAGAUGCACACAGGGCUUGGCUGCGACUCCUGCAAGCCCGCCGCCACCGCAGGAGGCAGGCCCUGGGACAGAGCGGCCAGCUGCUUUUGGUUGCUGUGCUCUGAAGGCAAAGGAGGCCGGGGAGGAAAAAGCCCAGGACGUAAGCAGGGGUGGCGACUGCGGACCCCCCCAUCGCAGGCGUCCCCGGGCCCCCGCCUCUAGGAAACUUGGCCGGCCACAGCCCCUGCCAUGCUGGUGUCCUAGCCCAGCUCCCGGCAUGAGCAAUGGAAACGGCGAUCCCUCCACAGGCUGGAAGCACCAGCCGGUCCCUUCUGCACCCCGGGACCCAUGGGGCAUGGACGCCCUGUGCAGGGACAUUUUGGGAUGCUCCGUUCCACCGGCCGCCCUGGGCCACGCUGCUGACGACAGGGAACCGGCGGUGCUGAGGAGAGGUGCUGCGACCUGCCAGGCGCUGCCCGGGAGCUGUGAGGAGGGCGCAGGGAGCUCAGUGCGGGCGACACGGGCACGGCUCUGCAGGUACUGUCCCGCCGUCCGCAUCAGCACCGGCUGCCCUGCCCCGCCGGCCGCUCUGCCUCUCAAGGCAGAGACAUUUGUUUGGGUUAAUAAUGCAUCUGCACAUUCCCAGAGUGUUGCCAAGGCCAAAUACGAAUUUUUAUUUGGCAGACCCGAAGAGAAAACUCCAGAUACUAGUGAUCAUGGAGGAAGCACUUUACUCCCACCAAAUGUCACAAAUGAAUUUCCAGAAUAUGGGACCAUGGAGGAAGGCGGAGAAGGGCUAAGAACUUCUCUGGAGUUUGAUGCGGAGGCUCUGCCAUGCCACCCACAAGGGCAGCACGGGGUCCAGCUUCCUGGUGGCCGCCACUCUGGGCUCGACAGUGUUACCGAAGGACCAAAAGAUGUCAGAGAGGCCCCCUCUCAAAGUCACCUCAAGGAACAAAGUUUACAACCCAUUGACUCUUUGAUUUCGGCUCUGAAAGCCACAGAAGCCAGAAUAGCUUCAGGAACAUUACAGGCUACAAAGGUACUGGACAAAGAUGGUGUUUCUAGCUUUCCAGUUCAGCAGGUGGGAAAAGAGCUGGACACUGCCAGUUAUAAAACACAGAGAGCCAACAAACGACUCCCUGCUGGCCAAGAAAAGUCACCAGAUAUACCUCUUUCAGCUGAAGUAACGACCGAGGAAGAUUUUUAUUUGAGCAUCCAAAAGGAUUUGACUGCAUUGUUAACUGGAGACACUCAGGCAGACCUUUCCCGGACAACUAAGGAUGGGAGCGAAGGGGCUGUCUGUGGGCAGGAGCUGGGGGGCCCGGCAGUGACCCACAACUCCGUGGGCAGUGUUGGUUUCUUGAAGGAGCAGAGGUCUGCUCUUGGGAGAGUACACCCAGAGAGAUGUGAUCGAGGCAGCUCCCUGGGACGCCCUGGCCGGGUCAAACAUGUGGAAUUUCAAGGGGUGGAGAUACUGUGGACAGGAGAUGAUAAGAGAGAGACCCAGCAUCCUGUAGAGUUUGAAACAUCGCUGGAAAGGACAGCCUGUCCUGAAAGCAAAGAGUUUCCCAAAGUGCCAAGCCAUCUCAUCUCAUCUGCUGGUUUGUGUAAUUCAACUAGUUUAACCGAGCGUGUUAGGGAUGAAACGUGGAGAGCUCCUUCAGAGAGGCCCGGCACUAGCUCAGGGACAUUUUCCCCUGUGCAUCUUGAUGAGAGCGGAGAGGAUGAGGUCUUCCUGAAGGAAAACAGACAACAUCUUGAGAAGAAACUAGAACCAGUGAGAAACAAGGAAAGGAUCGUUGAGCAAGAGGAGCACCUUAGGGGAGAAGACGACGAUACCCUUGGGCCUGGAUACACGGAGGACUCCACUGAUGUGUACAGCUCCCAGUUUGAAACCAUUCUGGACAACACUUCUUUGUACUACAGUGCAGAGUCGUUGGAGACAUUGUACUCAGAGCCUGAUAGCUACUUUAGCUUCGAAAUGCCCCUCACUCCAAUGAUUCAACAGCGCAUUAAAGAAGGCGGUCAGUUCUUGGAGAGGCCAUCAGGGGGAGGACAUCAGGAUGUCCUGAGUGUCUCAGCAGAUGGUGCAAUAAUGAUGGGAUAUUCCAGCGGGGCCACCAACGGGCUGAACGAUCCCAGCGACUCCAUCUACAUGAGAGGCACCCCGGAGAUUGCUUUCUGGGGAAGCAAUGCUGGGGUGAAAACAGCUCGGCUAGAGGCGCAUUCUGAAAUGGGGAGCACUGAAAUUGUGGAAAAGGAGACCCCAGAAAAUCUCAGUAAUGGUACCAGCAGCAACGCGGAAGCAGCCAAAAGGUUGGCCAAACGCCUUUACCAACUAGACAGAUUCAAAAGAUCGGACGUCGCAAAACACCUAGGCAAGAACAAUGAAUUUAGCAAACUAGUUGCAGAAGAAUAUCUGAAGUUUUUUGAUUUUACAGGAAUGACAUUGGAUCAGUCUCUCAGGUAUUUCUUUAAAGCAUUUUCCCUUGUGGGAGAAACUCAAGAACGAGAGAGAGUUUUAAUACACUUCUCCAAUAGAUAUUUUCAUUGCAACCCAAAUACCAUUGCUUCACAAGAUGAAGUCCAUUGCCUUACCUGUGCAAUAAUGCUUCUUAACACCGAUCUACAUGGCCAUAAUAUUGGAAAGAAGAUGACCUGCCAAGAGUUCAUUGCAAAUCUCCAAGGGGUAAAUGGGGGUGUUACGUUCUCCAAGGAUCUGCUGAAAGCUCUGUACAACUCAAUCAAGAAUGAGAAGCUUGAGUGGGCAGUAGAUGAUGAAGAGAAAAAAAAGUCUCCUUCAGAAGGUACUGAUGAGAAGGCUAAUGGAACACAUCCCAAGACCAUCAGUCGAAUUGGGAGUACUACCAACCCUUUUUUGGACAUUCCUCAUGACCCAAAUGCUGCUGUGUACAAGAGUGGAUUCUUGGCUCGGAAAAUCCAUGCGGAUAUGGAUGGAAAGAAGACUCCAAGAGGAAAGCGAGGAUGGAAAACCUUUUAUGCUGUACUGAAGGGAACAGUUCUAUAUUUGCAAAAGGAUGAAUAUAAGCCGGAGAAAGCAUUGUCUGAAGAGGACUUGAAGAACGCCGUGAGCGUGCAUCACGCGCUGGCAUCCAAGGCCACGGACUAUGAGAAGAAGCCAAAUGUGUUUAAACUGAAAACUGCUGACUGGAGGGUCUUGCUGUUUCAAACCCAGAGUGCGGAAGAAAUGCAGGGGUGGAUAAACAAGAUCAACUGUGUUGCAGCCGUAUUUUCUGCACCACCAUUUCCAGCAGCCAUUGGCUCGCAGAAGAAAUUUAGCCGCCCACUUCUGCCAGCCACUACGACAAAAUUGUCUCAGGAGGAGCAGCUGAAAUCUCACGAAAGCAAGCUGAAGCAGAUCACCACCGAGCUGGCCGAGCAUCGCUCGUACCCCCCGGACAAGAAGGUGAAAGCGAAGGAUGUAGACGAAUACAAACUGAAAGAUCACUACCUGGAGUUCGAGAAAACCCGCUACGAAAUCUACGUCAGCAUCCUGAAAGGAGGCGGCAAGGAGCUCCUGAGUCACGAGGAGAGUGAGGCCGCAGGACUGAAGAAGUCCCAUUCGAGCCCUUCGCUGAACCCGGAUUCAUCUCCCAUCACGGCCAAGGUCAAGCGCAACGUGUCAGAAAGGAAGGACCACAGACCUGAAACACCCAGCAUUAAGCAAAAAGUCACUUAGAAUCCAUCUGCGGCCAGGAAGUGCUGGUCAUGGAGCAACAUAGGGUUUUCAAAAACCUUUUCCGGGAAACCCGGAAAAAAAUUAAAAAAAAAAAGUCUGUGACAAAAUGGUGCAUUAGUAACUUUUUCUAUUGUAUAUUUUUGUUAGUUUCUGUACAGAUUGUCUUUGCUCCUGAUUUCUUUGCUUUGAUGAUUUUUUGCAACUCGAGAACUAAUGCACCUUUUUUGUGAGGGGGAGGGGAUCGUGAUUUCAGGGGGAAUUAUGUGUCCCUCCUCGGGUUUUCUCUCGUUUGCACUCUGCUCAGUUGUUUUAUGUAUUCUCGAAUCAACUGUUCAACUUUUUGUUUUUUAAGGUUAUAUAAAACUUAAUCCAUUGUGAAACACUUAACUGGACAAACUGUAGUUUAGUAAAUUCUAGCCAGAGUUAAUAGAAGCCUUUACAUGUGAAAUCCUGCCCAGUCACAGAGGUGGAAUUGAGCGCUCAAAGUCGCUCGGGUUAAGAAUCACGAUGCUGGGAAUCGAGAUGUUCGGAUACGGUGCAGCUCCGCAUGCAUCUUGGCGCUCGUUGCUGAGCUCUGACCCCGCGGGCAGCAGGGAAGGGCGUGCAGACCGCAGGAUUGCAGAACUUAGGGAAGCACGUGAGCUUGCUUACGUGUUCAUUCCAUUUCAGCCGAGCAAGUAGUAGGAGUCAUUUUGCCAUUGAACGUUGGGGAAAGAGUGAUACCGGGUUACUUUUGUUUUCUACAGGCUAAUGGCAAUACUUGGCUCGUGGGAGCUACAACAGUAGGCACGUGUUUGGUCUGCAGGGAACUGUUACCUCACUCCCAAGGGUCUAGACUAGGAAUCCAGAAUCAUCUCCGUUGUUGAUACCCUUCCAUCCAGGAAUGGAUCUUGUUUUACUCUACAUAUAUAUACAUAUGUGUGUGUGGGCAUCGGGUUAUGGCCUGGUUGGAAUAGUGGGGUCUUCCUUUCUAACAGAAUACUGAAAACAGAACCCCUUUUGUUCUUUCUAAGGGAGGAAAGUAGCUGUAGUUGUCUCCAAUGGAUAUUCUUUAACUCUGAAAGUCAUCGAAUGAAUUGUGGUUGGAAAACAGAGGCCUCUGCUAAGUGACUUGGUUUAUUCUUGUCUCAGCCUCUUGGACAGCCACUUCACUUUGGUACUAUUGAACUUUAUCCUAAAAAUACUGCAUCUGUUUUAAUUCAUUUCCACCUACUCAAAAUAGUUCUAUUCACCUUCCAGUCAUGAGCUUGUUCUAGUGACAGCCCCUUUGAAACUCAAGGUGAUAAACAGAAUAAUACUUUGUAGAGGCAGAGAAAGGGUAGCCCACUGUGACUUAGAACUUUCUCAUUUCCAAACCUUGAAACUCUGUCAUCCCCACCAAUGGCCAAACUUCAGAACUAAUGGAAUCACCUUGAUUAUUCCUUUUCCUCCCAUAGAAAUUUUCUCUAGUUCUACUCGGUUCAUGAGUUGAAGGUACUAUGGCCAAAGAAUCAGCUGCUCUGAAUGAAUAGCAUGGUUCCAGUGAAUUAGAGAAAACCUGCUAUAAAACCAUGGUAGUUUCUAAGUGGUAUGUUAUUGUAUAUACCAGCAUUUAUUUACAGAAUUAUUUAUUAACAUUUACUUCCUUCACCUCUAUAAAUGUCUAUGUCUGCUAGUGUCCGGAGAAGAGUUACCCCUCUCUAAGGUUGUUAGUUGCUUGCUUUGUGGUAUUUUGCCACAUCUUGAACAACUCAAAUUCUCUAUCUUGUUUAGGUAAAGGCAAUGGCUAAAUUUGUGUUUCAGAACUGCAGAACAGGCUCAUUCCCGACAUGGCCCAUGUACCUCGUUCAUUUCUGUAGCUUCUCACUGAAUCCAAGAUGUCCACAAGCAAGUUGUCUUUCUUCCUGAUAAUCUAAGUUAUCAGCAUAUUUGUUUUCUGCCUAAAUAUUUAUACUAAGCAGAGGGGAGAGAGGUACCUAGACCAUGAGUAUCAGUAACUGAAGAAAAAUUAACUUCUCUGGCUUGAAUGUGUUUGCCCACAGUGUCUGUCUGUGUAUAUAGAAUGUCUAUGUAUAUUUUACUUAUAGUAUUUAAUAUACAUUGAGAAGGGUACCUUACUACAGUAUUUCUGACAUUUACAGUGGUCUUGAAAUACUCAGCAGCAGCACCACUACAGCACUGGUCCUGUCACGUGACUCGCCCAUGUUAACUCCAGGGACUUCUGGAUGUGCUAAGCCAGCAUUGGAUAAGAAGGGCUCUUUUGAAGCUGCAGGAUACCAUGUUUGGGUAGUUUAUCUUUCAGAACAACUUGAAAGGUUCUUUUGUGAGCCAGGAUGUCAGAUCGCCCUAGCAUGACACCGCCCAUAUCCAGGGAACACACUGAGAGCACCUCGUUCUGAGGAGGCCUCUGGAAGGUUGUGUCAGUGCGUAGGGCGGGCCAAGAGUUUGCCCCAUGGGAAGAAACAGUCUCUGGCUUAACUAGGUUCUGAGAGUCUGGCCCAUAGCCAACCAUGGGAUCCUUUUUGUGUGUGAUGUCUAUCCUGUGGUAGCCAGUCAGAAGACAUGGAAGAUGUUUCCUUCGGAGCUAGCGUCAGCCUGCUGCCCAAUUCACGGUACAGGGGGGUCCCCCGUCUCCAUCCCUUCUCCAGGUACUGCACCCCCAUUCCUCUCCCCACCUCGGUGCCUGGGGAUUUCUCUCCAUGCGAUUAAAUCAUCAUUGCUCUUCACAUAAAUACACUUAAUGUUAACUUUUAGCAUACAAAAUCUUGGUAGUCAUCAAAAUACCUUCAAGAGAGUCUUCUAGACCAUAGAAGUGGCCCGUGUAUAAAAUCUGUGAAUGUCUUAAGGUUUGUUCCCACCCUGCAUGCUGGCUUUUCCAGGAAGGUGUCAGAGAUUCCUUGUUAGCAAUCAAAACUUAAUUCCUAGCAUGCAGUCUUUUAUUGCCAGACCCUAGGCAUUUCUGAAGUGCACUUUUUUAGAAAAUCAUUUUGCUAACUCUUAGCAGUGUCUAAUUAAACCAAGCAAUAUCUCAGUAAAACCAACAUGGGGGAGAGUCCUUUGCUGGAAAUGUAGUUCCUGGAUUAUGUGUCACCUUUUCUCUUGCUCCUAGGGAAAGAAAGCAUUUUCAUAUGCAGUGGUCUUGUGCCAAACGCAAGACCCUCUGUGCUUCUCCCACUGUUACCCAAUCCCGAAGCUGAGGCCCAGUUCCUAGGCACAAGUGACAUGAAGGAAUAAAUUCUGGAAGAGGACAAUCUGGCCAGGUUUGUGUUUCACCCUGUGGCCAAACCAUAGAACUUCUGAGGUUGAGGAAGAACUUACAUCAGCAGGCAAAGAGGCCUUUGCUGCCUAAGCACAAAGUGACAUGGAGUUUUCUGCUGUCCUUUGCCUCUUGCCCCGUCUUGUCACGUACAAAUCCAGGGAAGAUGUUCUUAGGUAAGGCAGGGCCUGCUCUGUCGUGAGCUGAGCCUCUUCUAUGUCUUUUUCACCUAAGAAAAUUGACCUUAAAGAAGUUUCUCCAUUGUCUUGUUCUCAAGACCUUCUUGGGUUUAGUUAAUUGCCCUUGGAAUUUUGAAUUCCAUUGGCUUUUUCCUUGUAGUCAGCAGUGAAGCUUAUUUUAGCCUGAAUUCACAGCAAGGUUCUUAGCUUUGUAGGUCCAAGUCUGUGUAGUUUAGCUCUUGUGCACUCGAGUUUUCAGCAGGUUGGUAGCCACCUGUCUUAAUUUCAGUUGUGAAUGAUCCCUUCCCUCUUCCAGUUGUAAGACUAGCACUGUAAAACCAAGAACCAAAGUGGUAUCUGAGGACUCAUUAAAAGUAGAGUUGAGUUUAUCAGUAAUAGCGCAGCUUGGGGUUUAAAUAGUACCUGCUUUUGUUUCAAAACAUCUAAGUUACUCUGACAGAAGAAGAUGGGCCAGCUUUGCAGGCAGAUGAGCCUCUGGGCCUCCUCCCUUACUCUGUAGCUUUCUGCUCAACUUCGCUCCCAGUCUGCCCCAGAUCAGUCUUUUGACACCUACAUCAUCAAGUCAUCCAGGGGACUUGAGAGAUCACCAUAAAAUAAUCCCAUGACAGAUCGUUGGUAGUGACAGGGAAGUGCUUUGUCACCGAUUCUCCUCUCGGAUGCCUUUUCCAUCUCUCACCCCCUGAAAGGAGGACUGAAGUCCAAAGUCAUCUCCUCUUGUACCUACAGUGUCCAAAACCCAAGUGGGCAGCCUUCUGCGUAGGACAAUAGUUGGCCCAUUGCAUGCAGAGAGAAUGUCUUCCUAGAGAGAAUGCCAGUAACUACUUGAAUCUGCAUGACAGUUUGUUGACUUGAAUGCGACAGCAAGAAAAUACUGCAAGUUAAUUGUACAUACAGUAGGUUUCCUUAAGUCUCUUUGGCUCAUCCCUUGUAUGUGUGUAUCUGUAGUAGUGCAGGCUUUUGGAGAAUAUUCUUGCAGAUAGUAAUGUCAGAUGUCAAAGAAAAUGCUUUCUGUCACCUGCCAAUGUUGCAUUUGUGGGUAUUUAUAGCUGUCUGUGUGUGUAUGGCACAUGUACAUCAACAUUAUUUUUGUCCUUAAUAACCAGUGUGAUGUGAAAAGCAAGUCAAAACCUCAUAGGAUUGAUUAUACAAUGAAGUUGUUGAAAGUAUAUAUAGUGAUAUUGUUUUAUUAAACUUAAAUACAAAUGCUAUUUUGAUUAAAUUUUUUUAAUAAGACUGUAUGCUAGAAAAUUCUGUCUUUGAGCUUUGAAUCACCAGGGCAAAAAUGACUUUGAACUAACCUUGUGAGCCUGUCGCGGUGUACUGCGUGCAAUACCAAGGGCAUAGCUCCUUGUAACCUGGAAAAUAGCAAAAGAAAAGGAAAAAAAAUAAAAGAAAAGGCAGCCUGUGCAGUCUUAGAAACUUUAGUAUUAAGAGCACUUAAACUGACAAUUUGGGGCUUAUUACAAAAUGUGAUGCUUUAAAGCACACGUUCUUUAUUGUUGUAAUUAGUCCAGAAAAAUAUAUUGAGAAGAUUUCAGUCAGUACCCAGCAUUUCAUUUGUGUAUCUGUGUAUAUUUCACAGGAGAUCGAAUCACUCUCCUGGUGCCGCAUCUUUAACCUCUUUACUUUGAAGAAAUAUCACAAGCACUAAAGUAUAUCAGGGCAUCCCAGGAUUGGGUACUGUAUGCUAGGUGCGCAGUUGCACAAAUCAGCAUCUAGCGUCACAGGUAAAAGAAUUUUAAGGACCAGGUUUAAACUUUAGUUAAUAUUUUUAUACUUCGGUCUCUUUUUCCUGCCUCUCCCCAAAGAAGAGCCACUGGCCUUAGUUGUUUGAGCUUACUGCUUAUAUUAUAGAGUGUAAAUAGUUAACUAGAGACUAAAACUUUAUUAACCAGCAUGUUUGGUGUAUUUAAAGCAAUGACUGAGUGUGUUUGAGCGAGUGGUUGAGGGCAGUUUCUUGUGUUUAAACGCACUGCCUCGUGUCUUUGUAUCUGAUUCAGAGAAUUGGAAUCGUGGGCUGGGAGACUGACCUUCGGCUCCAGGCUGCGGUAGUGUUGGUAGUUAUACUUGAGUUAUGUUUUGUUUUUUUUUUUUUAAUUAACUCUAUAGUCUCAAACUAUUUUUGCAAAUAUAUCUUUUUUCCUAAUUUGUUCUUGACGUGCAAUGAGGACUGCUCUGUGACUGACGAGCAGGGUCUUAGUUUUGCAAGAGUAUUUCCUUCCGAGAAUUGUCAUAAUUUACAAAGACAGCCAUUUGCUUCAGAAACCAUAUAGAAAAGGAAUAGCUGAAAUAAGUUUCAUUUUGGGCCUUAAUAAUUUGAAAUGGUUGGACUUCAAUAUAAAGCCAUGGAAGUUAUAAAGCCAAGUAACCAGUAGGCAUGGAUAAUAAUAUCCACUCUAUAGAGAGUAGGUAUGCACAUUCAUUUUUAAAUGCUGUUAGGAUACUUUUUUGUUGUUGUUGUUAAGCUACAGGAGCAAGAGUAAUUAGACCAAAUUGAACUGGGGGGGACAGUAAAUUGGUGGCCUUCCACGGGGGGUAGCCACGCAUGUGGCCGGUUCUCUCCUGCUCCUGAGAGAUUCAGAACCAGUUUGGCAUCCCGUUAGGCGUGUGAGGGGAAAAGCUGAGGCAUCUGGGACCUCUGCCAUGUGUCCACGCAGUGAAUGUGUUAAGUUAUCCGAACAUAAGACUCAGUCCAGAGUAUUCUAACGGGGUGGAAACCACAUCACAGAGGUGUCCAAGGGCCAGGGUAGAAUUUGAGCUCUCGUGUCUGGCUUGAGCUGCAUUUGUAACAAAUGAGUGAGGGGUAGGGACAUACCACGUCCUCUGGUGGACCACCGGCUGACGGCUUUCCUGUAAUCCCCAAGCAGCUCUCGGGCGUCCCUCAGUCUCCCGGGUGAUGUUCCAGAAAGCUGGCGCAUCACGUCCGCGGCUGGCAGAGCUGCUCGCUUUGCAGAUCGUUCCUCUGAGAAAGGAGAGCGCAGACGGGGGAGCAGCGAGGCACCGGCCCCAGGAGCGCUGAUGUGGACUGUCCACACCCCCCUCACUGAACAUGCCGAGUAGUUGAGCACUUUUCCAUGAGGGAAGGAACCCGGGUAAAAUGCAUUUCCCUUUGCAGGGCAGAGAGCUGCGUUCUCAUGAAUAGUGUUAUUAAAAUAAGCACCUUAACUUCAAUCCCUGAAAAUGUUGGUGACUGGAGAGAAUUUUGGAGUUUCAUAAGUGAAACUUUCCCCAAGCAGUCGGCAUCAAUAAGUCUUCAGAGGCUCCUAAGAAUCCUGCCCCAAGGCUCAAUUAAGGCCACACUGCAGGUCUGAGGCUCGGUGCGCUGAGCCCUGCUGUCCCCGGGCUCUGCAGGAGGUGACAAGGCUGUACCCUCUCUGCACAAAGGAGCUGCUUUCUCCCCAGCCUCGCCCUCCACUUGGGCUUCUAGGAGCAGCAAGCGCAUCCUGGUGUCACGUGCUCCCUCCCUGGCUUUAGGAAGCCAGGUGUGCCAGUGACAGACCCUGCCGAGGCAAGACAUCCAGAGUGGCCGAGUCACCAAAACGUGACAAAGGUCAUGAAAAAGAUAGCUGAUUGAAGUGAAGGCCACUUACUUUGCCUUUGCAAGAAACAAACUAGCACAUUGAGCUCUACUGAGGGAUGGAUGAUAUCUUUGCCUUUCCACCCAGAUUUUUCUGGAAAUGGAUACCGUUUCAUUUCUGUGGCAUGGGUCGAGGAGCACCGAGCUUUGUGCUUACCAAUUCUGCUCAGUCCAGACGAGACCUGUUGGGUACAGGCCCUAAAUGCCUCCCUAUAGUCUCUCCUACCUCAGGUUUUAGGGACCCAUUUCUAGAACACAAAUUUACACUAGCAGAGAACCCAUGGUGUCAGCCUUGCUUACCACGAGACAGGCAGAAGGGCAGUCAUUUGUAUCUCUUAAUAUCUAAAACAAGCUUUUAAGUUUUCCCACCUAUUAACUGGGUUAUAUUCACUGUGGCUCAAACUAAUUGGCAUCGUAGAACAUUUCUUUACCUUCAAGAUUGUCUCCACCCACCAAUCAUUUCAGUCUCAUUGCAGUCCUGGUGCCAUAUGUCCCCUGCAAAUUGUGAAAGUAAUUAGUGACAAAAUAGCAGCCUGCUCCUUUCCAGUGGCCAAACUGUCAGCCUUGGCAGACUUGAGUGAGCUAGUGGUACCAUAUCACGUCCUGGAAACCUGUUCCUUCUUACUGCCCACCACAUUCAAGAAAUGCCAUCUCCUACAAGACGGUGGCAUUUACGGUGGCUGUCUUUUGAACGGAACAGUAAUCUUGUGUGGAUAUUGUUAAAGUGUUUAAAGACUAUUUUGAAAAUUAAGUUUACAUUUUACAAUUGCUUUAUUUUUUAUUAAAAUAGUUGUACAUAAAUAUUACCCUAUUUCACUGUUGUUGAAGUAAACCCAAGCCUUGUAGACCAGUGAGUCACCUGAUAUGUAUAGAAGCUGUGAUAUAUAUAGUACAUUUAUUGUGUAAAUGUUUAUGAACAUAACUGUUCCCGUGUUUUUAUAAGUUGGGGGUAUUUUGUUGUUUCACAACAAAAUUUAUUGCAUUUAAAUGGUUUUUAUGUAAUAGAAAUCAUGCAAAAUAGUGAAGGAUUUAAAAUAUGUAUAUGAUAUAUGUAAAAUGUACUUUAGAAAGAAAUAAAUACAACAGAUUUCAAUCA